AUGAAGACACUUCUGCUGAUUAUGAGUGUUUUGUAUUUGACUGCACUAACUUCAUCACAGGACACCUGCGGGAAGCGGACCCUGGUCAGCCCCCAAGGCAUGUCUUGUAUAGUUGGGGGUUCGGAAGCUCCUGAGGGGGCGUGGCCCUGGCAGGUUAGCAUCCAGAUCCUGUCCAGGUACCGCUGUGGCGGAACGAUCAUCAACAGUCUCUGGGUGCUCUCUGCCAUGCAUUGUUUGCAUUGCAUUGCAUUGAUUGGCAGACAGCAUUUCCGUGUGGUGGCAGGACUUUGUGUGUUAUCCGCUGCAGGUGAUUGAGCCCAGAUCCGCUCCAUCAGCCAAGUCAAAAUGCACGAGGACUACGAUGAGUCCGACAGCGACGUGACGCUCGUGCUCCUCAGCUCUCCCUUCAACUUCACUGACCACGUCCAACCUAUCUGCACUCCUCAUAAUGUGACUCAUGAGUUUGUCCUCAACUCCAGCCACUGCUCCAUCCUGUAUUUCAAAGGCAGGCUGAUGAACAGAUUGCAGGAAGCUGAGGUGGAGCAUUGUAACCUGAUCAGCUGGUACAACGGCCUCAUCACUGAGAACAUGACCUGUGCUGGACAGAGCGGGGCGGCUGACACCCGUCAGGGUGACAGUGGAGGCCCCCUGCAGCUUUACAGCGACCAUGACGAGAGUUUUUAUGUGGUCAGAGUGACAAGCUUCGGAGGCGAGUGCGGACUUCCUCGCAGCCCGGGGGUGUACGCCAGAACCAUCAGGUUUACAGGCUGACUGAAGCCGAGUCAGAGAGCAUCAGUGUCUGCCACACACGGACCGAGCACAAGACUGAUCUCAGCUCUGCUCAGUGCUGCUCUGAAACAUCCAGACUGUCCAGACAUCACUGCCACACAUCAAAAUGUUUAA